AUGGAGAGCUCCCUAGAGCCAGCAAACGUGACCAGGGUCCAGCACUUCGUCCUCCUGGGCCUGUCCACCAGGCUGAGCACCAGGGACGCCCUCUUUGCUGUCUUCCUGGCCCUCUACCUGCUCACCCUCCUGGAGAACACGCUCAUCAUCUACCUCAUCUGCAGGCACACUGAGCUCCGCAAGCCCAUGUACUUCUUCCUGGGCAACCUCAGCGGCCUGGAGAUGUGCUACGUUUCUGUGACUAUGCCCACGCUGCUCAUGGGGCUGUGGACUGGACACUGUCAUGUUCCUUUCACAGUUUGCAUGACUCAGCUCUUCUUCUUCAUCUCCCUCAUCUGCACGGAAUGCACCCUCCUGGCCUCCAUGGCCUAUGACCGCUACGUGGCCAUCUGCCGCCCACUGCACUACCCACUUCUCAUGCGGCCCCAGGUCUGCCUGGGCCUGGCCCUGUCCUCCUGGCUGGGUGGGCUGGUGGUCUCAGUGAUCAAAACAGCAUGCAUUGCUAGCCUGUCCUAUUGUGGCCCCAAUGUCCUGAACCACUUCUUCUGUGACGUCUCCCCUCUGCUCAACUUGUCCUGCACCCACGUGGCCCUCACUGAGCUGGUGGACUUUAUCUCUGCCAUCGUGAUCCUCUGGGGCUCUCUUCUUGUGGCCAUGGCCUCUUACGUGGCCAUUGGUAGAGCAGUGCUCCGCAUGCCUUCAGCCGCUGCCCGCCACAAAGCCUUCUCCACCUGCGCCUCCCACCUGGUGGUGGUGGGCAUCUUCUACUCAGCCACUAUCUUCAUCUACGCCCGCCCCAGCCGCAUAGAAGCCAUGGAUCUCAACAAGAUACUGUCAGUCAUCUACACAGUGGUGACACCCAUGUGCAACCCCGUCAUCUACUGCCUGCGGAACAGGGAGGUCCAGGCAGCUUUCAGAAGAACCCUUUGGUGGUCCAGAGGUUGA